AGGUUCUGAUAAUGCUGCCAGGCCUGUAAGACUCCUUUCAAGAUGCCCCUCUCGGACUUCAUUCUGACUCUGAAGGACAAUCCCUACUUUGGGGCUGGAUUUGGGCUGGUAGGUGUGGGCACAGCCCUUGCCCUGGCCCGGAAGGGUGCCCAGCUGGGCAUGGUGGCAUUCCGGCGCCAUUACAUGAUCACACUGGAAGUCCCCGCUCGAGACAGGAGCUAUGGUUGGUUGCUAAGCUGGCUCACCCGCCACAGUACCCGAAGCCAGCACCUCAGUGUUGAGACUUCAUACCUUCAGCAUGAAAGUGGCCGUAUCUCCACCAAGUUUGAAUUUAUUCCCAGUCCUGGAAACCAUUUUAUCUGGUAUCAGGGUAAAUGGAUAAGAGUGGAACGAAGUCGAGAGAUGCAGAUGGUAGACCUACAGACUGGCACUCCUUGGGAAACUGUCACCUUUACAGCCCUGGGCACCGACCGAAAGGUUUUCUUCAACAUCUUGGAGGAAGCUCGAGCACUGGCCCUACAGCAGGAGGAAGGGAAGACGUUGAUGUACACAGCUGUGGGCUCUGAAUGGCGCCAGUUUGGCUACCCACGACGCCGGCGGCCACUGAGUUCUGUAGUUCUACAACAGGGUCUGGCUGACAGGAUUCUCAGAGAUGUCCGAGAAUUCAUUGAUAACCCCAAGUGGUACACUGACCGAGGCAUUCCCUAUAGACGUGGCUACCUGCUUUAUGGGCCCCCCGGUUGUGGAAAGAGCAGUUUUAUCACGGCCCUGGCUGGGGAGCUGGAACACAGCAUCUGCCUGCUGAGUCUCACUGACUCCAGCCUCUCUGAUGACCGGCUCAACCACCUGCUGAGUGUGGCCCCACAGCAGAGCUUGGUGCUCCUGGAGGACGUGGAUGCUGCUUUCCUCAGUCGGGACAUAGCCGUGGAGAACCCAGUAAAGUACCAAGGUCUAGGUCGGCUCACGUUUAGUGGACUUCUCAAUGCCUUGGAUGGUGUGGCUUCCACAGAGGCACGCAUCGUAUUCAUGACAACCAACCACGUUGACAGGUUGGAUCCUGCCCUGGUCCGUCCUGGACGAGUAGACCUAAAGGAGUAUGUUGGCUACUGCUCACAUUGGCAGCUGACCCAGAUGUUCCAGAGGUUCUAUCCAGGGCAAGCCCCUUCCUUAGCUGAAACCUUUGCAGAACAUGUCCUUCAAACUACAACCCAGAUCAGUCCUGCCCAGGUGCAGGGUUACUUCAUGAUGUAUAAAAAUGACCCUGAAGGGGCAGUCCACAAUGUUGAGGCUUUGAAGAGGUGACCAGGGUGUCCAGAUCUCUAAACUGAGGAAACCAAUAAACACCUGCCA